AUGGGCUGUAUCAUAGACGUGAACAAGACAGAUCUUUCUCAUGAACUUGAUCAAGUUUCUUAAGAAAUUGAGCAGCCAUUGAACACAAUUAACAGCUCGAUCGAAAAACAUGCAAUGGAAUUUACCUUAAAGUCUCAUCCUGAUGAUUCUGCCUUAUUUCUUCAAAAAUAGGCAUCUACUUAUCCCUUAGCAAGUAAUUAUUCAAGCAACUCCAAUACUAACUCGAUUAAAUCAUGUUUAAAAUCAUCCUCAAGGAGGUAAUUAUUUGAAAACGAAUAUCGUCGUAAAUCUGUUCAUUUCGAUUAAAUUAUCAAAGUAGUAACUAGAAAUAAAGUGUUUUAUUUAAGAAGAAUAAGAAGAUCAAAAACCAAGAAAACUAAAAUAGACCUUGAUGAAAUCUUUUGA